UCGUGGUUUUGCGUUGUUGAACAGUAAACGAAAUGGAGAUGAGGAUUGUAAUGUGUGUGAUAUUUAUAACGGCUGGAUUUAGCUCGACCAAAGCAAGAUGCCCAAAAGUGUGUGAGUGCACCGUCGAUCGUCCUUCUUGCCCUCCAGGUGUGAGUUUGGUACCAGAUGGUUGUGGGUGCUGUAAGGUGUGUGCUGCCCAGCUAAACCAGGAUUGCUAUGAGGGCCAACCAUGUGACCACCACAAGGGACUCGAGUGUAAUUAUGGCAAUGACGUCGGCAGCACCCACGGAAUCUGCAGGGCUAAGCUGGAGGGCCGCUCGUGCGAGUUUAACGGCCGCAUGUACCAGAACGGCGAGGACUUCCGUGCUGGCUGUAAGCACCAAUGCACAUGCAUCGAUGGAGCCGUGGGCUGCGUUCCACUCUGCCCUACAGAAAUACUUCUGGCAUCACCUUCCUGCCCUGCACCGAGGCUGAUUAAAGUACCCGGCCAGUGCUGUCCAACCGUGGAUUGCAAUGGCAGCUCAUCUGUGCUGCCGCCUGUCUUCAAACACCACCAGCCACCUCAGUUCAUCUUCCCUCACCUCGCACCCUACCCUAAGCCCUAUCCCAAACCCUUUCCUAAGCUCUACCAUAAGAAAUACCCAGAGAACGCUCUGAGUAAUGAACUGAUGGACGUGGGCAAAAAGUGGGAGAAGCCGCGCGGCUUAAAAAGCACGCCAGUCUGGAAGAAAGUGGGACGUCCAGACAAAUGCACGGUCCAGACAACCAAGUGGACGCCUUGCUCUAGGAGCUGUGGGAUGGGAGUGUCCUCUCGUGUAACCAAUGAAAAUGCUCAGUGUAAGCUGAUGAAGGAGACACGCCUGUGCACCGUCAGACCCUGCAGCUCCAUGGUCGUGCCUGUAAAGAAGGGCCGGAAGUGUUCCCGUACCCAGAAGUCCCCUGAGCCGGUACGUCUCCGCUACGCAGGCUGCCGCAGCGCCCGUCUCUACAGGCCCAACUACUGCGGCGUGUGUCGGGACGGCCGCUGCUGCUCACCUCGCCGCACCCGCACCUCCUCCGUGGUCUUCUCAUGCCCUGACGGAGAGCGAUUCGAGAAGGCCGUCAUGUUUAUCCAGUCCUGCAAGUGCAGCGAUGAGUGCAGCCACCUAAACGAGGCCUCACUUCCGCCACAGCGCUGGCUCUACGGGGACACACACAAGUUUCACGAGUAGUCCAUCACGCUCCGGCCUCCGAACAGAACACCCGUAAUAGAAUAGCAUUUCCAGUCAUAGACGCUAUGGUGGCCUCAAACUGGCAAGACCUUGACAAUGUGUUGACUAUUCUCACUUGAAGAAGUGGACUAUAAUAGUGUACAUAUAGUAUACACACUUCUUCAGAUUUGGUGGGAGUCACAGAAAAAGACAUGAAUCAAUGGGUACAUUUUGGGCUCAGUCACUUCAGAGAAACCAAUAUUCUACUAUUGUAUUAUAUGUAUUUUUUUUUAUUUUUGAAGCGUUCUCCACCAUUACAGUUAGCCAACCCCCUUUCUUACCCUUUUGCUCAUUCUCUUGGUCACUACCAGCCUGGUAGGGUGAGAGACGCAAAGUUUAGGGCAGCUGAGCACUUUUAGAAGAGAAUACUAACUACCCUUUUCCCCCAAUUUUCCUCCCAAUCUAGUCGUAUCCAAUUACCCGAUUGCAUUAUGCUUCUUCUUUACUGAUGUUGACCUCCACUCUGACCUAGGAGAGCCGUUACUAACACACGCCCCCUCUGACUCGGGUGCAGUAGCUGACUGCAUCUCUUUAUCUGCACAAGGCGAUGUGUCCACAUUAUCGCUCGUCUCUGUGCAGCAGUCGUAAUUGCAUCAGUUGUGAGGAAUCCCCCUCUGACACCCUCCCUGAGCAACAGCCAAUCGUUGUUCGUGUAGGCGCCCAGCCUGCCAGUAUCAGAGCUGAGAUUCGAGAUGUCAGCCCUGGUGCUGGUUUUAUACAUGAGCUCAGAGAGUCUAUUAUUUAAUUUACCAAAAAAAAAACAUGGACAAUGAUAUUUUAGACUCCUGGCUAAAUUUGAACCUGCCAUCACUUGACAAAAGCCCAAGAUGACUAAGUUCUGAAAAGUAGAGUGUUGGACUAAUAAAACUGGACUAGCUGUUGGAUCUGGAAGGACUGUUCUCUUUUAACACAGGAAAACCCUUAAAGUGAGGCCUGUUGGGACUAUUUUCUCUUCCAGUUUUCAGAACUGUAAAGACGUUCAGAACCACGGAAUCAACACCCUAUGACUGUAUAAACUCUCUAAACAGAUUUUGAUUUUAUAAUGAACUGUUGGUAUUUAUUGUACUGUUAUACAAGAUGAACGACGACUCUUUGCCAACUGGUGUGAAGGAACUUGCUGGCUGACGAAAGGAACCAUAAUGGAUUACUGAACUUAAAACCAUAUUUUUUUAUUUGUAUUUGCUCAGGAUAAAAGAAUGCAGCCUUGCCGUCUAUGAACUCGACCCUGACCCUGAGUUCUUUCUUUACAUUAAAGGAUUCUGGGGGGAAAAAGGAACGUUCGCCAAGACUUGGCCACGACAUUUCGGCGUCCGUACGGCGAGUCGCUGCUGACUCAGAGCAAAUUACAAUCCUGUCUUCUGGGAGUAGCAAUCCUCUGGUUUUGCUGUGAAAAAGAUACGUUUUAGAGAACGCCAGGCUAUGAUGUAAACAUGUAAUUUAAAAGUGAAGGGUGGGACCGUGCUCGAUUUGGUCUGUAAUCUAGCGAGCGAUGCCCGGAGCUUAGGCCGGUGUUCUCAUGUGUCUUUAUGACACUGUGGUCUCUGUUUCUGCCUCCUGGCUCUGAUAUACAAGACUCUGGGGGUGACAUAAUUCUCGUUCGGGAGACCAAAACCAGCAUUAAAGGAGACUGUGUGGGUCCCAGACCUGACAAGCUUGUCUCUUGACACGCAGCGGUCGAUUUGGACUUCUGGAAAAUCAGUUGUAUGAAGUUGUUUUAACAGUUUGCUGUUCAAGAUAUGUAGAAAGAGAAAUGCUUUAAAUAUGCACUAUAUACGCACCGGGCUUUGUAUCUAACAGUAGCUGAUAUAUGUUUUUACAUUGAGUAUUGUGCCAAAUUUAUAGCAGUAUUUAAGGUUUUAGACACAGUUACACUCAAACACUGUAUGUAAACUGUCUGCAAAGUAUUUUGGAUGCUUCAACUGUUUCAGUGUAUCUAGUUUCAUUGAUUAAGCAACAAUGCGUUGUAUUUAAUUUCUUCUUUUUCAUUUCAGUGUAUUUAUACAGUGUUUUUAACACUUAAUCACAAGCAGCUUUAAGUCCAGGAUGACAUUUACUAAGUAGCGUAGAUUUUCCAUUUAGAUAUGAUGAUGCUCACACAUCUUUUUUUAAAGUAAAGAUCUUUAAUAAAACAC